UCACACAAGUAGAAGUAGAAGCAGUCAGCAGCAGCGAGCAAAGGAGAAAAAAUCAUACAUCAGCGAGUGAUACGUAAAUAACGUCGUGAAGGGAAAAAGUGGCGAUUGAAGAAAAGAAAAGAAAAAAAGUAGUUUUCUGGCGAAAAUUUCCACGCGAUUUUUCCGUUUCGGAAGGAAUAUUCCGGAUUGCGGUAACAGUGCCCUAGAAACGUUCCUUGAAGGAGUAGAAGAAGCGGAAAAGACGGACCCCAAAUCUCAAGGAAAGACGGACGGAAAAACUGACGGAUGGUGGCAGUGUAGAAAAUUUUCUGUGGAGUUAUUUUUUCCUCCUGUCCAUUCGCUGGUCAAUUCGUUCGUUCGGUGGGAGGAUUUUUCUUUUUUGGGGGAAAAUAGAAAAGAGGAAAAACGACGACGACGGUGGUGCAGAUUUUUGCAGCGACUUAUCUUCUGGCCUCAAAUGAGGAGAGGAGCAAUAAUUUUUCGGUUUGCUGAUGGGAAGAAAAGAUGUGUCUUGUCUUUUUUUGUGGUGAAGGAAAAGUGGCUUUUUUCUAUUAGGCAGUGAAGAUUUUGCGUAGAAGGGGAAAAUCCAAGGAAAAACAGAAACCUAACACACGGGCGGUGGUGGAAUUGAAGGGGCGGCGGGAGAAGGGGACACAAGUUUCGACAUCGAUUCCGGAUCAAAAUAAAGAAGGAAGGGUCAUUCAUCGGAUUCAGUGCGGAAUGAUUCUUGUAUGCUAGAAAGUGAUUAAAAGAAUUAAUCGCAUUGCUAAUUGGGAAAGUGAUUAAGAGUUUCCCCAAGCAUAAGUGAGAACAGCGCUUAGGGAUCAUCAAGUGAAAGAAGUUCCUGUCUGAAAGAAGAAAAGUCAUCCAUUCAAGGAAUCCACGAUGGCCAAUCCGAGGAAGUUCAGCGAGAAGAUCGCCCUUCACAACCAGAAGCAGGCGGAGGAGACGGCCGAAUUCGAGCGGAUUAUGCGGGAAGUUUCGGAUGUCACGUCCAAGGUUUCGAGGAGCGUCAAUCUUGCCCCAACGCUCGGAGCUCUGGGCGCUUUUCGAGGCGGUUCGCUGCCCAAUGUCAACAACGAUAACGAUAACUUUCAGGAAAAGGGUGACGAAACAACCACACUCACAGAGCUCAAAUCGUACACGCAGCUGGAAAGUGUAAAACACAAAAAGGAGGCUCCCAAAUCAAACACACCAAACCACAGCAGGGAAUCAAGAGGUCGAACACCCGGGGGUCCAAUGCGAAAUCGACAGUCCAGUCGGAACCAUGACACAUCGCCUUACGGUAACAAUUCGGUGCACCUGAUUCCUCCCAUGGAAAACAAUUGGCAUAGGUCUAUCUCGGAUUCUGCUAUCCACCAGAGCUUAUGCCAACAGAAUCAGCUAGAGUCUAAUCACCUGAAUACACACUCACCUUUAACGUUAAGUCCAACAGUUCAAAGAAAGAUUUCAAAUGCUCAAAGUAUCAACAAAGUUCACCAUCAUAUAUCAUCAAACCAUCUCGAGAACUCCGUGCACGACAUUCGGUCUCGAUCAUCGACGUGUGUCGCGAGGUUACCAGGAAUUAACAUUUAUCCCUCACAAAACCACACAGACGCCAUUCAAAUCCCCAUCCCAAGUAAUACGGGUUCGCUGCCGGAUUUGACGUCAGUCGGAUACCCCAUGUACCCGUCACCGUUGGAUCAGGAGUAUGACCAUAAUGUGCACAGCGGUAGUUAUUGUCCAAGUCCCCUUGGAACGUCUCCAUCGUCGUUAUCACCCACAUCGGCUAUGCCUAACCAUCAUCCCCAUCCCCGGCCGAACAACUUCAACGGUGGUGGAGGCGGAGGAGGGGGAGGCGGAAGCUAUCCAAUUCCUACCAGCAGUCAUCCCAACAGUGGCAACGUCAGUCCCAGCAGCAACAACAACAACACCAGUACGACUAACCUUAAUAACGCUACCAAUAACAGCAGUAGUACUACUAACCAUAACAGUGUUAAGAACAGCAACAAGAAGCCGAAAUCUAGUCAGCCUUUUUUAUCUGUACCAGAUAGCAAUAGAUUUACGUUUAUGUCAAAGGGUACCAACAACAGUUACGAUGCGAGCCAAUCGCCUCAACCGCAGCAGCAACAGGCCCAGCAGCAGCGAAUACCAACCCUAGACCAGAUUAGUUACGAUAAUUUUAGUCAAUUAAACGACGGAAUGUCGUCGCCGAAUCAUCAGAACUCACCCGAAAACAUUAUUUAUGGAUCUCACGGGAACAUUUCACCGCAUAUGAUGCUAGACUACCGAAAUCGGCCAAGUCCUGGUUCCAGUCCUGGUUUGGUGCUCGCGAAUAACCUCGACUCGAACUCUAGUGCACCCUGCAGUCCUGUGUCCCAUAGUAUAGGGAGUAAUAAUGGACAAUCUUAUGAAAAGUAUCCAUCGAAUGAUGUGUAUGUUCAAAACACCCUGCCACAACACCUGGAACAUAUAACUUUGGACUGGACUACUUUGGUUCAAAGUCUUGUCGAGUCGGGAUGUACAUUAACCGCCCAAGUUCAGGGAGACAAUUCGUUACCACCGGACUUUGCUACAAGUCAGCUUGUAUUCUCAACGUUUGAAGAAUCAUACCUGGCACUUAAUAACGAUCUCAACCUAAGGCCGGAUCCAACGCAUCAGCAGCAAUCGCCCCAACAACAGCAGCAACAGCAAACCCAACAACACCCGCAGCAGCAACAUCAACAGCAGCAACAACAGCAACAACAACAACAACAGCAGCAGCAUACUCACGUACCGCCCCCGCAGCAAUCGCCACAUCUUAGCUCUGGUAGCUGUGGGCCCCUGCAGAACAGUGUCAACCAUCAGAGCCCAAUGGGCAACCACGCGUACAACAGUCACAAUCACAACGGAAGUAACGAACCGCUGCUUAGUUUGCAGACCGCUCCCCAGAUUCAGACAACACCCACAACGAUACCAGAAAUUGUGUUUACCGAUUUCUCAACUCGAGAUGACUUUGAAGCCGAUCUGGGCCUGGGCCAGAUGGACUUUCAGAGCUUUCAGAUGCUUUCCGACACUGGUGCCAUGAUCGAUCCGAUGGACGAAGACAGCUUUCGGCGCGAGCUUCAGUGAGACGACCUGCAAGGGGACGGUGAGGACGACUAUCGCACCGAUGAGAUGACAAGGUUACAAGCUUUCGUUACGUUGCUUUAAGUUUGACGAUUAUUUCGUUUCGGAACAAUCAAUAAAACGGAGGACGGAAAUCCUACGCGGUUUAGCGGUAGGAAGCUUUCUUUCUGAAAGAAGAAGGUAUUAUUUCUCUAAGAGAUUGGUUCAUUUCUAUGCGAAUCAAGCUUUUAGAACUUUGCAAACGAAAGUGAAUCGAAAGUGCAGUACUAGAAACCGGCUAGAGAAUUUUAUAAGGUUUUAACCUAUAAGGAGGAAACGCUAUUUGAGAUACAAUGAACUUAACGUGUAAGUUUAACAAUAGUGAUAGUGGCAGGCAAAAGGUGAAUAGAGUAUAGGGCAAGAUAUUGUACGCGAGAGCAGAGAGCGCAUGGGCAAUUGUACGAAUUUAGGAUAGUGUCUUGUGUAUGAGAGAGUGGAAUUUUUGAUAGAUUUCAUGAUGAAAAAGCACAAAUCAAGACCGUAUAAAGUAUACCCCAGUAGAUUUGGAGCGAAAUUUUUUGUUCUGUGUGUGGAUCGAUAGGAAUUCCUUACUAAUAUCAUGGUAUGAUAUUGCAUGAGUUUAUAAGUUUAGUCGAAUAAACAUGACCAUUUUUUUAUUUAUGUUCGUUUGUUUUGGUAGAUUCGGGUUCGAACGCUCCGUUAGAUGUAGAUCUGCUGGACAAGGCUUUAAAUUACAAUAAACGCGAAACAAUCAUUCACACUAACCUUACUAGAGGUUUUUGC